GGGAGGGGCCAGGUUAAGGAGCGCCGCGUCACGUCCGGCCGACUUAGAGCCCGUGCGGAGGCGGUGCGGAGCGCUUCGGUCCUCAGCGGCUCGGGAACGUGUGCGUUCUGAGAGGCUGCGGCGGAGCCUCCCUAUAGAAGGCGCAAGAGGUUGGCAGCUUCGAUUGAAGCACGUCGAACGGCGACAGCAGCUAGGAGUCAUGAGCGACAGCGGCGAGCAAAACUACGGCGAGCGGGAAUCCCGUUCUGCUUCCAGAAGUGGAAGUGCUCAUGGAUCUGGGAAAUCUGCAAGGCAUACCCCAGCAAGGUCUCGCUCCAAGGAAGAUUCCAGGCGUUCCAGAUCAAAGUCCAGGUCCAGAUCUGAAUCUAGGUCUAGAUCCAGAAGAAGUUCUCGAAGGCAUUACACAAGAUCAAGAUCUCGGUCUCGCUCCCAUAGACGAUCCCGUAGCAGGUCUUAUAGUCGAGAUUAUCGAAGACGGCAUAGCCACAGUCAUUCUCCCAUGUCCACUCGCAGGCGUCAUGUUGGGAAUCGGGCAAAUCCUGAUCCCAACUGCUGUCUUGGAGUAUUUGGAUUGAGCUUGUACACUACAGAAAGAGAUCUGAGAGAAGUAUUCUCUAAAUAUGGCCCCAUUGCUGAUGUGUCCAUUGUAUAUGACCAGCAGUCUAGACGUUCAAGAGGAUUUGCCUUUGUAUAUUUUGAAAAUGUAGAUGAUGCCAAGGAAGCAAAAGAGCGUGCCAAUGGAAUGGAACUUGAUGGACGUAGGAUCAGAGUUGAUUUCUCUAUAACAAAAAGACCACAUACUCCGACACCAGGGAUUUACAUGGGGAGACCCACCUAUGGCAGCUCACGCCGUCGGGAUUACUAUGACAGAGGAUAUGAUCGAGGCUAUGAUGAUCGAGACUACUACAGCAGAUCAUACAGAGGAGGAGGUGGAGGAGGAGGAGGAUGGAGAGCUGCUCAAGACAGGGAUCAGAUUUACAGAAGGCGGUCACCUUCUCCUUACUAUAGUCGCGGAGGAUACAGAUCACGUUCUAGAUCUCGAUCAUACUCACCUCGUCGCUAUUAAAGCAUGAAGUUGAAGACUUUCUGAAGCCUACCUUAGAGUUGGGAUAUUGUUUGUGGACAAUAUUUUUUAUUGUCUCCUGUUUAAAAAGUGAACAGUGCCUAGUGAAGUUAGGUGACUUUUACACCUUUUAUGAUGACUACUUUUGGUGGAGUUGAAAUGCUGUUUUCAUUCUGCAUUUGUGUAGUUCGGUGCUUUGUUCAAAGUUAAGUGUUUUCAGAAAAGUAUGUUUUGCAUGUAUUUUUUUACAGUCUAAAUUUUGACUGCUAAGAAGUUUCUAUUGUACAAAACUUCAUUUAAAAGGUUUUUCUACUGAAUCCAGGGUAUUCUGAAGAUCGAAGCCUGUGUGUAAAAUGCUACCAAAUGGUAAAAAGCAACAAUAAAGUUUGGUUUUUACUUUUCUUUCUAACAUCAAUGCUUAGCAAAACAGUUCAGAUUAGGUUGUCAGUAGUAAAUUUCAAGACAAAAAUACCCAUUUUCCUCCAAUCCGUGAGACAUACUAUACUUAAUAUACCUGCAACUAAGUGUUAAAAAUUAUGCUCUGUAACCCUGUACUGCUAGUAUUAGAACUAAAGAACUUUCAAUACAGCCAGUGCUUAAUGCUUAUAUAAAUGUGGAUUUGUCAGCCUUUAUGUAAUCUGUAUCAUAUAAAGCAGGGAAUAAGAAAAGAGGUACACAAUGUAUGCCUUUAAAAGGCUAUUUCUUAAAGCUGUUACAAGGGGAUAAUGGUAUUUCAACUAGUUAUCAGCAAACGACAAUACAUUCCACCACAAAUGUACUCUUGUUCUUCUAGCUUUUUAGACUAUGGAAAAAAAUGAGUGCUUCAGAGUUCGGGAAAAAAGAAGGGAACACUACACCUGUAUUGUGGAUAAACUGAAGACUUGCCUGUUCAUUUUUUAAAUAUUAUUUUCAGGUCCUUUGCUUACCAAAGGAAGCCCAAUUUCACUCAAAUGUUUUGAGAACUGUGUUUAAAUAAAUGCAAAUGAAAAGAGUAAAA